AUGGCAGCUUCACUGAAGCUGGAACCUUUGUCUUCCUUCUCUGUCCACUGGGAUACCAGGUCAGAAACCCAGCUGUGGACUGUGGUGCUGCUUCUGGGGACAUGCCUGCUUUACUGUGCCAGGGUGGCCGCACCCAUCUGUGCUGUUUCCAUGGCCAAUGAAUUCCAGUGGGACAAGAAGGAGUCUGGCAUCGUGCUGGGCAGCUUCUUCUGGGGCUACUGCUUCACGCAGGUCCUCGGAGGAUAUGUCAGCGACAGGGUUGGCGGAGAGAAAGUCAUUGUGAUGGCCGCAGUCGGGUGGGGGUCUUUGCUGGCCUUAACCCCCAUGAUUGCUCACUUCAGCUCUGUGCCCCUAGUGUCUGUGACGCUCUCCAGGUUCCUCAUGGGGCUGCUGCAGGGUGUUCAUUUCCCCUCCCUGGCCAGUCUUUUCUCUCAGAAGGUGCCACAACAUGAGAGAGCCUUCAUAUCGAGCACAGUGGGAACUGGCUCCCAGAUUGGGACUCUGCUGAUUGGAGGGGCUGGCUCCGUGCUAAUGGACUGGUACAACUGGGAGUUUGUCUUCUACUUCUCCGGGCUGUUAGCAGUAAGCUGGGCCUACUGCAUUUGGAAACAUCUCCUAAAAGGUCCUAUCAUCUCAUUGGAAACUGUGGGGGUGAGCCUGGUGAAAUCCAGGAGCGCCAGAAUUCCCUGGAAAAGACUGUUUAGUAAACCACCAGUGUGGGCUGUGAUUUUUGCUCAUCUGUGUACCUCAAGCACGUUUUAUACCCUGUUGUCGUGGUUACCGACUUUCUUCAAGGACAGUUUUCCCGAUGCCAAGGGGUGGGUGUUUAAUGUGGUCCCAUGGCUGGUUGCAAUUCCAUCUUCUAUUCUAGGGGGCUACUUGUCGGAUCACCUUAUUAGUCUAGGAUUUGAAACGGCUGCAGUAAGGAAACUCAUGCAAUUCUUUGCUAUGGGAGCGUCCAGCGUGUUCACCCUGCUGUUGUGUGGCACCAGAACCUUUCCCUUGGCCAUAGCUUUCGUAUCGGCUACCAUGGGCUUCCAGACGUUUACGCACAGUGGAGUUUCUGUCAAUGUUCAGGAUUUGGCACCCUCUUGUGCUGGAUCAUUGUAUGGUGUAAUGAAUACAGGGGGAGCAUUAUCAGGAGUGUUCUUUGUGUAUUUCUCUGGAUAUGUUAUUGACACCACGGGGUCGUGGGCCUCGGUGUUUGCCAUCAUGUCUCUGGUCAACGUGGUCGGCCUGGUUGUCUUCCUGGUGUUCGCUGAGGCCAAGAGAGUGGACAUUGACGUCAGCCAACCCAAAUACGAGAGCAUACAAAUCUGAAGAAGGGGCACUGGGUUAACCUGUCCAAGGGACAAGGCGGGGUGUUAUGUCGGCAUUCACAGUCAGGGCUAUUCCAAGAUGAUCUGUAAAGGAGAAUGGAUAACCAGCCACCUUUUGAGCUCUACAGCCUACAGAUCAGAGUUAGCUCAUGCAAUGCAAUAUGAGCUUAUGCAGGGCAGCAUCCCAAGGUUCCCUGGGAGAUUAGAGCCAGCUGGCUUGGCAAGAUGAGUCUGCUGCUCUCAUGAUCCACUAGUGACAGGCACUGGCUUUGAUGACAUGAUGUUUACAGAUUCUGAGGCUUUUCCUAACAGGCGUGGCAAGCAGUGCAGGAGUAGCUCGUCUCAGCCACAGACUCGCUGAUCUUGCAAAGAGCUUGUUUAAAGAACCCUCAUUUUCCAGGUCAUAAUAGCAAUAAUACUACCCAUACAGCUGCAUGAUAACUGACCUUGUCUUUUGUCGAGCGCUGACUCUGAUAAUUGUGGUCGAGCAGUUUGUCUGCGGUGGUAGAUUUCUGGAUAUUAAAAGCCAAAGAUAUAUUUUUUUACACAUAUAUUUUGAUUGUCUUGUUUCAUAGACCUGAUUAGCACUAAUCUUGCCCUGCCUUACCUCACUUUAGGCAAAGUCUUCCAAGUUUAUUGCAGAUUGGGGACGAGUAUCUUUCCUGCAAUGUCCUCUGAUUUUAAUUUAUUCCCCCCUUUUAAAAAAAUAAAAAUAAAUAAAUAAAUAAAGUUGUAAAAAAAAAAUAACCUUUUAGGGUUCAGGUUUUA